AUGAAGCCUGUCCCCUCGGCCCUGCUUAUAGCUGUAAUCUUAUUGACUACCCACAUCCCUACCAGUGAGUGCCGACCCAGAGACCUCAGCUUCUUCGACGGCCAUGGGUACAAGAAUCAACUUGAUGAGGUUUUGCUGAAGGCUGGAGACAAUGCAAUGUCUUAUCUCAUCGGUGAAAAGAUUCUGCAGUACUUACAGAGAAACCCUGGGCUGGGCCACUUCGCGCGCAGCUUGCCGCUUGAAGAAGAAGGACGCGCACCAGAGGAAGGCAAUAGCCUUGAAGAACUCGUGGAGUUGUCCAAAAGAAACGAAGAUCCCCCGAUAUCCAUUGAUCUCACCUUUCAUCUGCUCAGAAACAUGAUUGAAAUGGCAAGGAUCGAAAAUCAGAGGGAACAAGCGGAACUGAACCGCAAAUAUUUAGACGAGGUUGGAAAGUGA